AUGGAAUUCCUUUUAAUUUGUAUUGCUUUAGUGGCUGCGGUACCUUUUGGCGAGGCAGUCGAUUGUAAGGAUAGACCUAAAGGCUUGGAAUAUAUGGAGCCUGAAGGUUGUUGGUGGGGUCCUGAAGUGUACGACUACGAUGCCCAAUUUGAAUGCGAAAAUUACAUGUUAAUGAAAAGGAGUACCGGCGCCUAUACGCCAGAGGGGCGAUUGUGCGUAAUGAACUGUGUCCUAACAGAUGGUGAGAUAUUGAAGGACAUGAAACUCGAUCGUCAGAAGUUCCUGCAGCAAGUCAAGAAAAGAACCCAUAUUGACUUCAAACCCUGGGAGACACCUGUGCAAAAUGCCAUCAAUAAAUGUUUCGAUUUUGCCGAUAAGAAGCUUGCAACUCUCAAUGGAAGCGACUUUGAUGAGGUAGAAAAAUGCAAUCCUGUCCCAAAAAGUCUCUAUAAUUGCAUCAGUAUUGAACUCUUAGUGAAUGGACCAAGAACAAAUGGUCCACCAGAUAUGUUUUGCUCGCAACUUAUAGAUUUUUACAAGACAUCCCUCGCGCAAUUCCUCUUCAUUGCAACACGUCCUUUUGAAGCUAACAUUUGGGAGUAUCUCGUUCAGGAAGUCACUGUUGGCUACUGUGCUGUUGGACUCACAAAGAUGCUGAUGUUGGCCAAGAGGCGGAAUGCCUUGUCCACCCUUCUGCGGUAUUUCCGUUCAAUUUGGCCAGAACGCGUAAACACCGAAUCAAGGAAGGAUACAGUGGAGUCCUAUAUGCAGUACAACACCCUCUUUGCCUUCUGGUUCUCCAUGCUUUCUGUGAUAAUGGGAUUAUUCUGGAACUUGGUUCCACUCGCUGAAAUGACAUUCAAGCUGAUAAGUUGGGAUAUUCAUGUGCGCCAGUUGCCCUUUAAUAUUUGGGUACCUUUUGACAAAUUUGGCCCAAUCUAUCCCUAUCUCUACGCCUACAUCCUCUAUUCAGCUCAUAUUGUGGUUGUCUAUCACAUUGCAUUUGAUUCUCUCUUCUGUAUCAGUGUCUCACACCUCUGUAUGCACUACCGACUCCUACAGGAAGAUUUCAAGGAAGCCAUCAAGAUGAAGGAAUGUGGGGAAUGUGAUAUCGAAAGGAGUGAAAUAUCCCUCAAAAUGUGCAUCAAUAAACAUCAAUCACUCGCCCAUAUUCGCGAUGAUAUUGAUCGCAUUUUUACAGAUGUUAUUUUCAUGAACUUCUUCAUUAGUUCUAUCAAUAUAUGCUGUGUAGGAUUCCUUGUGGCCACAAAUCCAUUUUAUCACGCCGCUAAAUUCUUUAUGCUCUUUCUCUGUUACCUCAUUGAAUUAUUCCUCUUCUGCUGGUUUGGUCAAGAGCUCAUAGACAAUAGCUUAUUGAUUGCAAAUAAUGCAUUUGAAUGCCCAUGGUACUGCGCUUCGAAUAAAUUCAAAAAUAUGCUAAUCUACGUGAUUCAUCGUAGUCAAAAUCCCGUCUUGCUAAAUGCCCUAAAAUUCUGGGAAAUUAGCCUUAAAAGUUUCACCAAAAUUCUAAGUGCAUCAUGGUCCUACUUUGCACUCCUCAACACUGCCCUAGGAGAAUUACCUUACAUGAGGCAUGAAGGUGGAAUUUAG